UAAAAAUGUCUUUAAUAAUGCCAAAAAUAAAGAAUAAACAGAUGAGAGUAGAGGUUUAUAAAGAAUUUUUUAAAGGAAAAGCGCAAGGAGAAAAUUGAAGAGAAAAGAAAAGAAGGAUUGAAGAAAAAGCCAUGGGCUCUAAGGCACCUCCCAAGAAAAAACCAAAGACAAUUGAAAGCAUGCGCGCAUCGGAUGAAACAAUGGUGGAUCCAGCUCACCGAGAGACCCAAAUAGAUCUUGAGCUUGAUGAAAUGGCACCAUAUUUUCAAGAAACAUCACCUAAAAUUCUCAUCACAACCUGUGACAGACCAAAAAACAGUUUCUGUAAGGAGCUAAAGAAAGUUAUUCCUAAAUCCGUGAUAAAAUACAGAAGAGGUCUAGAUUUAAAGAAGAUUGUGCCGCAGGCUAUUGAGAUCGACUUCACAGAUCGGAUUGUAAUUAAUAAAGAUGCCGGUGAACCUAAUGGAUUAGUGCUAUGCCAUCUACCCAAUGGGCCAACUGCGAUGAUGAAUGUCAAGCUGUGUAAAGAACUAAAGCGUCUAGGCGAGAUGACAGAACACUUCCCUGAAGUAAACAUCCACAACUUUAACACCAGACUGGGAGUCACCAUAGGAAGAAUGUUGAUGUGUUUAUUUCCCCAUAGACCAGAGUACAGGGGGAGGAGAGUUGUCACCCUUCACAAUCAGAGAGAUUAUAUUUUCUUCAGACAUCAUAGGUACCAGUUUAGAAAUGAAGAGAAUGUAAACUUGCAAGAGCUGGGUCCCAGGUUUAUACUCAGGUUGAGGUCCCUGCAGAAAGGCACCUUUGAUUCCAAGUCUGAGAUGUACAUAUGGAUACACAAGCGUCAUGAAAUGGAAACAAGUAGAAGAAAGUUCAAUCUAUAA